AAGAGACAGAGUGAGUUAGUAAGGAAAGCAAAAUGUACCCUUCGCAGGUGCUACAGCCGCGUGAAGGAGCACGGCGUGGGGAAGAGGAAAAGCAGCUACACGUUCGAGCAGCUGGAGCAAGUUUUUGGCCAGGGAGGAUGGGAUUCCCAACCCUGCCAACCUGUCCUCAUCAACAGCAGCGGCUUGUACCAGGAGCUGGAGUCGGACGGCAGCACCAUGGAGGAAUAUUCGCAGGAGGAUUGGGGAAACCACAGCCAGGAGCUUCACUGCUACCAGACCGGCGAGCAGGAAUUGGAUGAAAUGCCCACCACGAAAAGAACAUUAAAGAUAAAACAGGAAUCUUCCGAAGACACGCAGAAACGCGACGUCAUGCAGAAUAUUAUGCAAAUCUUGGAAUCGGUCCAGUUGAAGUGGGAAUUGUUUCAAAGUUGGACGGAUUUUUCCCGCCUUCACCUUUCCAACAAACUGGCCAUUUUCGGCAUCGGUUACAACACCCGUUGGAAGGAGGAUAUUCGUUACCACUACGCGGAAAUCAGCUCGCAGGUACCUUUGGGCAAACGCCUCCGGGAAUAUUUCAAUUCAGAAAAACCCGAAGGACGCGUCAUUAUGACCAGAGUUCAAAAAAUGAACUGGAAAAACGUUUAUUAUAAAUUUUUGGAAAUUACCAUCAGCGAAGCGCGUUGCCUGGAACUUCACAUGGAAAUCGAUUGGAUUCCCAUCGCUCAUUCCAAACCCACUGGAGGAAACGUCGUUCAAUAUUUAUUACCGGGCGGAAUUCCCAAAAGUCCCGGUUUAUACGCCAUUGGGUACGAAGAACGUCCCGAAAAACCUCCUUCUCCUCUCACCGAACACCGAGGGGGCUCGGAGCCCAGCCAGGAUCCUCCCGGAGAACUGGAAAUUCCGCCUUUACGGGUGGAAAUGGAAUCCGCGCGGAUUAUCUACUGUUAUUUGGGAAUCGCCGAAGUGCGGACACUCCAGCAGUGUUUGUUUUUACAUUUUCAGGCAAAUAGUAAAACCUUCAGUAAAGAUUGGGUGGGGAUCAACGCUUUUUUAUCCCAAAACUGUCUCGUUGAACCCGGCGUUUCCCCCAAAUCCAUCUACAUCAAAUUCGUGGAAGUCGAGAGGGAUUUUCUUUCUGCCGGCUCUUUGGUAGAGUGCCUGGAAAAAGCCAUCGGAUACCCCUUAAAGUUUAACAACUGA